AUUAAUAACCUGGGCGAAGGAAGACGGCCAAACGUGUUACGAGAGAGUGUUGAUGCUAGAGAACAUUUGCAAACCAUUUGAAAAUGAGAAGAAUAAACGAAACCCUAAUCACAAAUGCGCGUAAUUACAUAACCCAAAGAUGUUAUCGCGCAAAUAGAGUGAAAAAAGAAACACUGUACCCAAGAAUCAGCCCCCUUGGAAACCCUGAUUGGGGUCUAACCCCAGAGCUUGAUGAUUGGAUUCGAAAGCGUAAUCAAGUCAGAGUUGAUGAGAUUCUACGCACUGUUCUCAAUCUUCGAAGGCGAAAACAAUAUUCGGAAGCCCUUCAGGUCUCUGAAUGGAUGAAAUCCAGACAUGUGUGUGUAUUUACUCCAACUGAACAUGCAAUCCAGUUGGACCUAAUUGGUAAAACUCAAGGAUUAGUCGAUGCGUUUGGGUACUACAUGAGCUUAAAUGAGCAGGAUAAAACUGAUAAGACUUUUGGUGCCCUUCUGCAUCGUGAUGCUGGAGAUAAGGCCCUAUCACAUCUACAGAAAAUGAAGGAGUCCGGUGUUACUUCAUCAUCUCUCACUUACAAUGAUAUCAUGUCUCUCUAUUCUUAUGGAACUGGGUUGCUUAUGGAACUUGCUUGCUUAUGCAACCGUUGUGGAUCAGAUAAUUACAGCAGGCCUCAAAGACGAGGCAGAUAUUGGUCUAAACAAAGCCGAUAAUAAAAUUGUCUUGGUCAUAACCAUCAGAGGUUCUUGCUCUGGGAACAAUCUUAUGUCUUUAGAAUGCGGUAUCUUAUGGAGAACGCUUGAAGGUGUAUUAAUAAGGAUUAUGGAGAAUUCCAAUUGAAAAUUUGAGGGGAGUACUAUGUAUGUAGAGGAGACUGUGUGUUUGAUGAGAUGUUUUAUUGCCCAUUACAGUAUUAUAUUGACAUUGCACAAUUAUGUUCUUGCAUUAGAUACCUAUA